AUGCACUUAUCACGGCAUCAUUGGCAUUCAAAACGCUGCUCGCUAUAUUCUCGAUCGAUAUGUGAUGGUAUUCAAUCACGACAGCACUGCAUGUUCUUCGUCGAAGGUCGGCCAGGUAGGGGAAAAACAUUCAUGGUCAAUGCAUUGUCGUCGACACUGCGCGCUGAGGGUCAUAUCAUACUCAUCGUCGGAAGCAGUGCACUUUGUGCGACUGCAUAUAAACGCGGACGUUCUGCUCAUUACUUGUUC